CAGUGCCACUCUGUCGAGAUCUCCCAUACAAUACCAGUUUCCCAAAUAUCUUCAAUCAUGAUAGUCAAGAAGAAGCAGGGCUGGAAAUCCACCAGUUUUUUCCUUUGAUAAAAGUACAUUGCUCUCUAGAUCUGCAGUUAUUUUUAUGCUCUGUAUAUGUUCCUGUUUGUACAGAAAGGGAAGAACCAAUUCUUCCAUGCAGAAGUCUUUGUGAGUCAUCUAGACAUGGGUGUGAGGAACUCAUGAACAGAUUUGGUUUCUCUUGGCCAGAGUCUUUGAAAUGUAGUAGAUUUCCUGAACCUUCUUUUGAGCAGUCUUGUGUUUCACGAGUAACCGAAAGUGAAGUAAUCAUUUCUCCUUCACCUCCAUCAAUCAAUACUCAACUUCCUGUGACUGGAAUUAGUUCAGUAAGAGAAUGUGAGCCUAUAUCAGUGCCACUCUGUCGAGAUCUCCCAUACAAUACCAGUUUCCCAAAUAUCUUCAAUCAUGAUAGUCAAGAAGAAGCAGGGCUGGAAAUUCACCAGUUUUUUCCUUUGAUCAAAAUGCAGUGCUCUCUAGAUCUGCAGUUAUUUUUGUGUUCUGUAUAUGUUCCUGUUUGUACAAUAAUGAGAGAACCAAUUCUUCCAUGCAAAAGUCUUUGUAAGUCAGCAAGACAUGGGUGUGAAGAGCUCAUGAGCAGUUAUGGUUUCUCUUGGCCAGAGUCUUUGGAAUGUAGUAGAUUUCCCGAACUUUCUCAUGGGCAGCCUUGUGUUUCACGAGUAACUGAUGGGGAAGUAAUCAUUUCUCCUUCACCUCCCAUAGGCAGUACUCAACUUCCUUUGACUGGGAUUAGUACAAAAGCAGAAUGUGAGCACAUAUCAGUGCCACUCUGUCGAGAUCUCCCAUACAAUACCAGUUUCCCAAAUAUCUUCAAUCAUGAUGGUCAAGAAGAAGCAGGGCUGGAAAUUCACCAGUUUUAUCCAUUAAUCGAAAUACAAUGCUCUCUAGAUCUGCAGUUAUUUUUGUGUUCUGUAUAUGUUCCUGUUUGUAUAGAAAGGGAAGAACCAAUUCUUCCAUGCAGAAGUCUUUGUGAGUCAUCUAGACAUGGGUGUGAGAAACUCAUGAACAGAUUUGGUUUCUCUUGGCCAGAGUCUUUGAAAUGUAGUAGAUUUCCUGAGCCUUCUUUUGAGCAGUCUUGUGUUUCACGAGUAACCGAAAGUGAAGUAAUCAUUUCUCCUUCACCUCCAUCAAUCAAUACUCAACUUCCUGUGACUGGAAUUAGUUCAGUAAGAGAAUGUGAGCCUAUAUCAGUGCCACUCUGUCGAGAUCUACCGUACAAUAAUACCAGAUUCCCAAAUAUCUUCAAUCAUGAUAGUCAAGAAGAAGCAGGGCUGGAAAUUCACCAGUUUUUUCCUUUGAUCAAAAUGCAGUGCUCUCUAGAUCUACAGUUAUUUUUAUGUUUUGUAUAUGUUCCUGUUUGUACAAUAAUGGAAGAACCAAUUCUUCCAUGCAAAAGUCUUUGUGAGUCAGCAAGACAUGGGUGUGAAGAGCUUAUGAACAGUUAUGGUUUCUCUUGGCCAGAGUCUUUGGAAUGUAGUAGAUUUCCCGAACUUUCUCAUGGGCAGCUUUGUGUUUCAUGAGUAACUGAUGGGGAAGUAAUCAUUUCUCCUUCACCUCCAUCAGCCAAUACUCAACUUCCUGUGACUGGAAUUAGUUCAGUAAGAGAAUGUGAGCCUAUAUCAGUGCCACUCUGUCGAGAUCUCCCAUAUAAUACCAGUUUCCCAAAUAUCUUCAAUCAUGAUGGUCAAGAAGAAGCAGGGCUGGAAGUUCACCAGUUUUAUUCAUUAAUCGAAAUACAAUGCUCUCUAGAUCUGCAGUUAUUUUUGUGUUCUGCAAAUGUUCCUGUUUGUAUAGAAAGGGAAGAACCAAUUCUUCCAUGCAGAAGUCUUUGUAAGUCAGCAAGACAUGGGUGUGAGAAACUCAUGAACAGAUUUGGUUUCUCUUGGCCAGAGUCUUUGGAAUGUGAUAGAUUUCCUGAACCUUCUUUUGAGCAGUCUUGUGUUUUGCGAGUAACCGAAAGUGAAGUCAUUAUUUCUCCUUCACCCCCAGAAUUUUAGUUGUUUGUGUGUUUGACAGUGUGGAGAAAUGUGUGGUAAUCUGUCCAGUCAUAUUAGAUGUUGAUACAAAGAGCUUUUUACUUUAUUCUGAAAUUCCAUACACGACAAACUAUUCAUAGUGCACUAAGUGUUCCAUUUCUAUGAAUGAGGUUUUUUGCUUCUGAAUUUAUUAUUAGAUAACAUAUUUUGUGUUAUUAUAUGAUUGUCUUAACUUGUAUAUAACCUAAUUUUGUUGCGCAUAAACAUUCUUGUACUUUUUCAUCUUGCUGGGAGCUUAUAACAGAAUCACAGAUAUGACAUUCCCAAGAAGGGUACAAUGUAAGGUAAUCAAGCUGUUAUCGAGCAUAACUCAAUCCAAAGAAAAGUGAAUUAAUAACGCCAUUGUGGAAUACCGAGUAAAAGCUCUCCAUGUAGAAACAGCUGGACCAACAGAAUACAAAAUAUGAUAUAGAAUAGAUAUGAGACAAACAUAAAUACUGUGGAAUGAAAAUCAAUAGGGGUAUAUUGGAGAAGUCCUUGAUAUGAAGAGGUGCGACUUGAUAUUUUAUAUAUAUAUAUAUAUAUAUAUAUAUAUAUAUAUAUAUAUAUAUAUAUAUAUAUAUAUAUAUAUAUAUAUAUAUAUAUAUAUAUAAAUUGUGAGGGAGGAACCAGACACCACAUAGCGGAAGAAUGUUUGACUUACUCUGAUAAAAGGAACACAGCGCUCCAUUGUUUGUUCUCACAUACCAAAACAGAUAAGGUGGUUGUUUUGUGUACAACUUGGAUAAAAGAAUCGUUACUCUUCAGCAGAUACCCAUGUCAUAGUGCUUGAAGUAAUAACAAAUGGACUGUAAAAUCAGUACAUUUUAAUUAACAGUCACUCCUAUUGCAUAUAUAGUUUGUACAGACAACACUGUUCCAUGGGUCUCAUUAUUAAUAACAACAGCCAUAACAAUGUAUAACUAACCUUGUGUAUUUGCCAAUAAAAACAAACAAUUCACGCAACUUUCA